UGAGGUCACCGGAUCUCAGAACAAAGCUUGCCUCAAAGACUGAUUUGUUUCCAUGCAGGCUGGGCAUAGUUUACAAGUCCCACGUGUCACCCAGCCAGAUUUUCAGGACACAUUCUCCUGAAGAUUAAAGCAUCAAUACAGCAGGAAGCUGGUGAGCUGCAGCUGCUGAGUGUUACUGAGACACACAAACAGCUCGGGCAGUUCCUGAGCACUGACUGCUGGAUUGUCAUUACUGUUUCCUCCAGCUCUGGCAAUGGAUCAGUGCUGGUACCACGGGAACAUCACUCGUGCGAAGGCCGAGGACCUGCUCUCCAAAGUGGGCAAGGAUGGCGGCUUCCUCGUGCGGGCCAGCGAGUCGAUCCCCUCGGCGUACGCGCUCUGUCUUCUGUUCCACAAUUGCGUUUACACCUACAGGAUUCUACCCAGUAAAGAUAAUAAGCUAAUUGUGCAGGCGUCGGAAGGCGUUCCGGUGAAGCACUUCGACAACCUGGACGAACUGAUCGAGUUUUACAAGAAGGAGAACAUGGGUCUGGUCUGGCACCUCAAAUAUCCAGUCCAACAGGAAGAGGAGGAGGCAGGAGAUGAAGCAGAGGAGGAUGUGGACCCUGUACCAACCCCACCCGUACUACCUCCCCGACCCCCCCUGCCAGCGCUCCUGACGUGCGAGACCAAAGAAGCCUCUCCUCCGAAUGACAACUGCAAGGUGGCAGACAUCAACAAACUCUCCCUUUCGGAGACGCUGCUUCAGCGGCUGCAGAACCAGGAUACCAGCAGUGUUUCUGAGGAACACCUGAAGAUCAUCCAGGAUUAUCUGCGAGUUCACAUCACCAGCGAUAUCGAGAUAGUGCAGACAGGCUCCGGCAAUCUCCCCCAGCUGAAGAAACUACUCACAACGCUCUGCAAAGGGCUCUUCAGCGAGGCUUCUCGGGCACUCCCGUCCCUGGAGUCCCUCCAGAAGGUGUUUGACCAGCAGCUGCCCCCUGGUAUCCAUCAGCGUCCUCAAUUGCUUGGGGAAGCCAGUCCAGCCAAUGUUGUGCAGAAGCUCAAUCAGCUGAUCUUUUUGCUGUCCUCGGUUGAAGAAAAGGUGAAAACACUGUUGAUCGAAGGACCCGAUUCAACGCAUCGGCGUUCUCUCAUCCCGCCUGUAACCUUUGAGGUGAAAGCAGAUUCCCUAGGAAUUUCCUCGAAAAUACAGUUCAAAGUUGAUGUGGAGACGGGGAAAUUGAUUAUCAAGAAAUCAAAGGAUGGUCCUGAAGACAAGUUCUAUACCCAUAAUAAAAUCCUGCAGCUCAUCAAGUCCCAGAAGUUCCCGAACAAACUGGUGAUCGUGCUGGAGACCGAGAAAGAGAAAAUGCAGCGGAAAGAAUACGUGUUCGCUGACUCCAAGAAAAGAGAAGGGUUCUGCCAGCUCCUGCAGCAGAUGAAGAAUAAACACUCCGAGCAGCCAGAGCCAGACAUGAUCACCAUCUUCAUCGGCACCUGGAACAUGGGUGACGCUCCUCCCCAAAAGAAGAUCACAUCCUGGUUUCUCUCCAAGGGGCAGGGAAAGACCCGGGAUGACUCUGCGGACUACAUCCCCCAUGACAUUUACAUCAUCGGCACCCAGGAGGACCCACAAGGGGAGAAGGAAUGGCUGGAGAUUCUGAGAAAGUCCUUGCAGGAAAUCACCAACAUCAGUUUUAAAGUGAUAGCAAUCCAUACGCUCUGGAACAUCAGGAUUGUGGUCCUGGCCAAGCCGGAACAUGAGAACCGGAUAAGCCACAUCUGCACAGACAACGUGAAGACGGGAAUUGCCAACAGGCUGGGCAAUAAAGGCGCAGUGGGAGUGUCGUUCAUGUUUAACGGGACCUCUUUCGGGUUUGUGAACAGCCACUUGACUUCGGGAAGUGAGAAGAAACACAGGCGAAACCAGAACUACACGAGCAUUCUGCGCUUCCUGACCCUGGGAGAUAAGAAACUGAGUCCAUUUAACAUCACUCACCGCUUUACUCAUCUCUUCUGGCUGGGCGACUUGAACUACCGCGUGGAACUGCCUCCAAUGGACGCAGAGAACAUAAUCCAGAAGAUCAAGCAGCAGCAGUAUCCCGAUUUGCUGAGUUUUGACCAGCUUCUCAUGGAGAAAAAGGACCAAAAGGUGUUUCUGCAAUUUGAGGAAGAAGAGAUCACUUUUGCUCCCACUUACCGCUUUGAAAGAAAUACCCGGGAGAAGUAUGCCUACACCAAACAGAAGGCAACUGGGAUAAAAUACAAUUUGCCAUCCUGGUGUGAUCGAGUGCUUUGGAAAUCCUACCCCAUGGUGCACGUGGUGUGUCAAUCCUAUGGCUGCACCAGCGACAUCCUGACCAGCGACCACAGCCCUGUCUUCGCCACAUUUGAAGUUGGGGUCACCUCGCAGUUUGUCCCAAAGAAUGAUUCCAAGUACGCAGAGUCCCAGGGGCAGAUCGAAUUCCUGCGCUGCUGUGCCACUCUGAAGACCAAGUCCCAGACCAAAUUCUACAUCGAGUUCCACUCCAGCUGCUUAGAAAGCUUUGUAAAGAGCCAGGAAGGGGAAAAUGAAGAUGGCAAUGAAGGGGAACUGGUGGUGAUGUUCACGGAGGCUCUUCCUAAGCUGACCCCGAUUAUUUCAGACCCAGAGUACCUGCUGGACCAGCACAUUCUGAUCAGCAUUAAGUCCUCAGACAGCGAUGAAUCUUAUGGUGAAGGCUGCAUUGCCCUGAGAAUAGAAGCUACAGAGUCGCUUGUCCCCUUCCAUGUUGUGCUAACGCACCAUGGUGAGAGAACUGGGGUCUUCCAAGGUGAAAUCAAGUUACAGACCUCGCAAGGGAAACAGAGGGAGAAGCUGUAUGAUUUUGUGAAGACUGAACGUGAUGAGACUGCUGGGCAGAAACUAAAGGGCACCAGCAGCUUUGAUUUCCCCAAAGACUUGGAGCAACCAAACAGAAAAUCAAAACCUGCUCACUUGAUGGCUAAAGAAGCGGCGGCUGUUGCUCGUUUUAGGGGAAACGCGUCCCCUUUUUCGGAUGCCCAGGGCAAGGACGACACGACCCGCUCCACACCCACGGACAUCAGCAAUCCCAACUAUAUGGGGGUGGUCUUCUCUCAACAAGUCCCUGCACCCGGCCAGCUUAAGCAGAGCCCUUCAUCAGACCAGACACUUGCCGGCUGGACCUACGACCAGCAGCCUAAAGAGAACGUCUCUGUGAUGGGGCAGAGGGAGUCGUGCUCCACACCUUCCUCCCAGUCACCCCUGUCUCCAAAAUCGUCUGCUCAGCCUACAGCAAACCGAAGUUCUGGCCCCAGGAGUCAAGAGCAUGGGCCAGCUGACCUGGGAAAAAGUGUGAGCGAGCCUUUGCUUCAAGAGGAAAUGCAGCAGAAGCCUGAGAUGUUUGAUAACCCGCUGUACGGCGCCAUGAGCUCAAAAGGGAAGGUGGCACCCAAGAAGGAACAGGACUAUGCUGCGGCCUUGCGAAAGGAGCUCCCGGUGCUUCCAAAUCCUGGCUUCCUUCCCAGCAAGCUGCAGGAUGCCGACAGCAGCAAGUCUUCCAACAAGCAGCCAUCCCCUCCUUUCCUGGUCCCCACGCCCAGAUUCCGGUCCUACACCUGCUCCAACCAAACUGAGGAAAAGACUCUAAGUGAAAAGGCUCAGGUCAAGCAGAAGCCCCCUCCAUGCUUAGAAAGCCCAGCACCACUGAAGAAACCAGUCAAGCCCUCAAGGUCGGAAGUAGGUCCAAGCAGUCAGGGACAGUACAGCAAGCCACCUCUUCCUACAAAGAGCCGGGCAGUACUAGACAAGCAGAAUCCCAAGGGCCGAGACUACCGGGAGAGUUCAGAACUUCCCCAUCAGGGAAAGCAUCGACCUGAAGAGGGGCCAGUUGGUAGAGCAGCCGCACCGUGACUCCAACGGCAGGUGGCAUCCUGGGAGGAUCUCUAAAGGGAAGAAAGAUGAAGAUUACCACUUAGUUCACAUUACUGUUCUCUGGCCGGGUUUUGAAAAAACCAUGGCAUUUACAUUUUGAGAGUGUCUAUCUAUUUAUCAUUGUAAAAGGCUUCUAACUGAGAAAUUUGGCAUCUUGUUCAGAUGAAGAGGAGGCAGGACAACCAUGAGAAGUGCAAGCCUUUGGUACUUAAUCUAGAAUGCAAGGAGUUAAAUACAUUAGUGCUGGUAUUUUGGAGAAGUGGGAGGUAUGGACACAGGGGCAAAGGCUCGGGAUGGGUGCAUGGAAAGAGCUCCCUGCCCGAACCAGAACCUUUAUCUCAAGUUACAGAACCCCAGUCCCUAGUGAUGGUUACUCCAAAGAAAGCAUCUCGAAAGUGGUAAAGUUCCCAGAGCAGGUCAGGCCGAUGGAGCAAGGAGUCAGGAGAGGCCAGGGUAAGAGUUUGAGCAGCAGCUGUUGAAGAGUCAUACAGGAGAGGGCUUCAACUUUGUCUCUUGUGGGAACCCCAAGCUGCGUACAGGCAUCCUCCAGACAUAGGCAUUCAUGGGGAGCAUGGGGACUUGAUCCCUGGCACUGGAGCUCUCGUUUUUAGCAGCUAGCGCUGUUCCUCCAUGAACACAGCCCAGGCAAGAGUGAAAGGGCAGAACUAUACACAGAAACGGGAGUGGUAGAUUAGGCCCGCAUCUGGUCUCUCGUUUUCAGCUGCCUGUAGGGUUGCCAGGUGUCCGGUUUUGAACCAGACAGUCCAGUAUUUGAGUUUUCUGUUGGGGAAACAAAGUGAGAAAAUAGAAAUUUUCUAAAUCAGAGGUAAUGUAGAUUGUGAUGUAAUGUCAAGUGUCUCCGGUAUUUUUGUUGAAACCAUCUGGCAACCCUAGCUGCCUGAAGGGCAAUCAGUCAUUCCAGCCAUUUAAUUUCUAUGGCUGUGUCUCUACUUUGAAAGACAUUAGGCUGGCUGAUUGAGAAGCAUCCAUAUUACAUUCAUGCUGACCUUUCUGUGUUUUUGACCAUUGCCUGAGAACUAAUUAUGUUAAUCUAUUUGCAAUUCCUGUAUACAUGUUAACUAUUAGUGCAGUGGUUGGUUUACAGUGAUGCUGCGCCUAUUUGUGACUUGAUCCUUGCUAUUGGUUCCCUGUUCGUUACUAAAAAUAAAAGUUAGAUACAUUUCUAACCAUCUCUUCUUGAAAA